CUCCCACUCCUCGACGUCCAUGUCGCUUUGAUCAUCCAGCCCAAGUCCAGCGCGAGGGAGUGACCAAGAAGGCAGCAGAAUUUCUGGGGAUUUUCCAAGAGGACUCACGCUGUGAAGGGACAAAGAACGUGAGAGUCAAAAUGAUCUCACCGAAUUCUGUGAAGAACAAGAAUGUGAUAAAUACUGUGCUCAAUUUCCUCCCGGACAAUCGCCCAAUUACGAGUCUCAUUGUCGUGGAGAAUUGCGAAAAAUGCCCAAAGCCAUUCGCGCCGAUUCACCUGACGUACGAUCAGGACAGCGAUGCGGACUUGUGGCGCGAGACAUUUCUCUUCGGCAAACAUCCGGGCCGAUAUCUGUGCAUGUCGAAGCAGGACACCAGCACAGACACCAUCGUGGAGACGAUCUCCGUGAUUGGGGUGAACGAGAGGACACCGGAUGGCUUCACGAGCAUCCUGCAGACGACGGACAAUGCCCAGAAGGCGUGGCGAAAGCGGCAGCUAGUGUUCAAGGUGGUGGAGAGGAGGAAUGCGUCGAAGGCGGUGACGGAUAUUAUUAUUUGCUCCAAGAGCAAGAAAGCGCCGAGCGGAUUCCUCAUUGCGGGCGAAAUUAAUGGACUGUCGGUGUGCUAUAAAGUGGGCCCAGCCUCGCGACCACUGCCGCAAUUGCCGGCAGUUGAGAACAAAGACAAGAUCCUCCAGCCAAUGGAGAAUCUCUCGAUUUCGCACAUUUACGAGAACACGAGCCCCAACGCUCAGUUACCAUCGCGACCGGCUCCGAAGCCCCCAACGACACCACAAUCGCCCACAAACACCCUCUACGGCACCCUCGGCGGAGCGACUUAUGCUGAGAUCGAGGGCGUUCCCUUCGUGCUGAACUCCAACUUGCAGCAGAGUGAGGUGCAGCACGUGCCGAUCUUCAAGCCCGCCAACGUGUCCAGCGGCAUUGACUACGAUUUCACGCUCGAGAGGCAAAUUCUGUGCACAACCAAGGCAAUUUCACUAACGAACAACCCAUUCUUCCACUGAGACUGAAAGUUUUAGCGCGAUUUUAGCUCUCCCUGCCCUUUUAGGCGCUAAGAGCGUCACAAAAUUUGUUAUGCCAUCAUUAUACCCAUAAUCGUCUUAGCAUUAUAUACUUGGGAAUUUACAUAAGAAAAUAUGAAAUGAUAAAUAAACUAAA